AAGGCGCUUCUGCCCUGCCCGCCGGAGCGACCCGCGCGGAGCCAUGGCCGGGGCCCUCACCACUAAGACGGCGUGGAAGCUGCAAGAGAUCACGGCUCACAGCAGCAAUGUAUCCUCACUAGUCCUGGGGAAAAGUUCAGGCCGACUGCUGGCAACUGGAGGAGAUGACUGUCGGGUCAACAUAUGGUCAGUUAACAAACCCAACUGCAUCAUGAGCUUGACAGGCCACACAACGCCCAUCGAGAGCCUACAGAUCAAUAUGAAUGAGGAACUCAUUGUUGCAGGGUCCCAGUCAGGGUCCAUUCGAGUCUGGGACCUGGAAGCUGCCAAAAUUCUUCGUACCUUACUUGGUCACAAAGCGAAUAUCUGCAGCCUCGAUUUCCACCCUUUUGGAAGCUUUGUGGCGUCUGGCUCUCUGGACACAAACAUUAAGCUCUGGGAUGUAAGAAGAAAAGGCUGUGUCUUCAGGUACAAGGGUCACACAGAAGCAGUUCGACGUCUCCGCUUUAGUCCUGAUGGGAAAUGGUUAGCCUCUGCAGCUGAUGAUCACACUGUCAAGCUGUGGGAUCUGGCUGCUGGGAAGAUAAUGUUUGAGUUUACAGGACAUACCGGCCCAGUAAACAUUGUUGAAUUCCAUCCCAAUGAAUACCUCUUGGCUUCUGGCAGCUCUGACAGGACUGUCCGGUUCUGGGACUUGGAGAAGUUCCAGGUUGUGAGCUGUAUUGAAGAGGAGGCUACUCCUGUCAGGUGUGUGCUCUUCAACCCAGAUGGCUGCUGCUUGUACAGCGGCUUCCAGGAUUCGCUGCGUGUGUAUGGCUGGGAGCCAGAGCGCUGUUUUGAUGUGGUCUUGGUGAACUGGGGAAAAGUAGCUGACUUGUCUAUCUGCAACAACCAGCUGAUAGGAGUUUCCUUUGCGCAAAGCACAGUCUCGUCCUUUGUUGUGGAUCUCAGCAGAGUCACAAAGUCAGGCUCCAUUGGUCAUGGGCUGAUCAGGGACGAUGAGCCUCUUGUGCCACCUACCCCCAUGGGGUCCUCCCUUCGCCGCAUCUAUGACAGGCCCUCAACUAGCUGCAGCAAGCCACAAAGUAGAGUGAAGCACAACUCUGAGAGUGAGAGGCGCAGUCCCAGCAGUGAAGAUGACCGGGAUGAGAAGGAAUCGAAGGCCGAGAUCCAGAACCCGGAGGAUUACAAAGAGAUCUUCCAGCCCAAGAAUGCAAUCUGUCGAACUUCUCCUCGAAACAACGAGCCCUUUCCAGCCCCUCCUGAGGAUGUUUCUGCUUUCCCACUUCUUUCUACCUUGGUAGAGCCCGUAACUGCAAAGGAAGCAGUGAAGUCCAGCCAAGCUGCAGACGUCCAGACCCCGUUGCCAAAGCAAGAACUGCCUGAUCCGGUUCAGAGGCCGCCCAUUGCCUCCUCAACUCCUUUGACCAGAACAGAGCCGUCAGUGAUUCCUGCAGCCAGGAAUGAGCCCAUUGGCCUGAAGGCCUCUGACUUUCUGCCAGCUGUGAAAAACCAAAACCAGACAGAGCUUGUGGAUGAGGAAGCCAUGUCCCAGAUCAGGAAAGGCCACGAGACCAUGUGUGUGGUACUCACCAGCCGCCACAAGAACCUGGACACUGUGCGGGCUGUAUGGAGCACCAGCGACAUCAAGAACUCGGUGGACUCCGCAGUGGCGAUCAAUGAUCUGUCUGUUGUUGUGGACCUCUUGAAUAUUGUCAACCAAAAAGCGUCUCUCUGGAAGCUGGAUUUGUGUACUAUAGUCCUGCCACAGAUAGAGAAACUACUCCAAAGUAAAUAUGAAAGUUACGUGCAGACUGGCUGUGCCUCCCUGAAGCUCAUUCUCCAGAGAUUCUUGCCACUGAUCACAGACAUCCUUGCUGCUCCACCUUCUGUUGGAGUGGACAUCACCAGAGAGGAAAGGCUCCAUAAAUGCAAGCUGUGCUACAAGCAGCUGAAAAACAUCAGCAACAUCGUCAAGAACAAGUCUGGGCUCAGUGGCCGCCAUGGUAGUGCCUUUCGGGAACUGCAUCUCCUCAUGGCCGUCCUGGAGUGACAGCUGCCACCUCCUUGCGUGCAUGGAUAGGCGGCCAAGCUCCCCUCUGCUCGUCCUCUGGCUGGAUUUCACCUCUCUCUGUGUGCCGUCUUCACCCCCCAGCACAGUAGGGAAGUGGGAUCUUGCUGGCUGGUGCCCUGCCCAGCCCCAGCACCUUGCAGGCUGUAUGGAGGACCUGAGCGGAGCUGCCUGUGCUGUGAGAGGACCUGGCUGGUGCAGGCCCCUGCAAAGAAAGCCCCUGCAGGGGAAUGGCUUCGUUUCAGCUCUUCACCUUAGCAUCCAGUGCUCCGCUGCUCCCUCUCUGUGUGCUGGCCUUUCCCUGGUGGGAGGGUGCCCAGCCUGCUGUCGCCCCUCUGUCUCCCCUCCGUUCUCUUGGCUCUUGUCGCUUGGCUCUGGCCUGCUAUGUGCAACGCGUGGGGAGUGCAGCAUCUGCCUCAUGCAGCCUGCUGUGGGCUGGAAUGGCCUUUCCCCACAGAGGGGAUGUCAGCUGCCACAUGAGGCUGGUCCCAGUGGCUCACUUCAUCAGAGUGCUGGUGUAGCCUCAAGGACCCGGAGGUGGAGGAGGCUGUCUCUUGGCUUCUCAAAAAUCCCUGCUGGCAGCCUGGGUCAUGGAAGAUUACGGUCUUCAGCCUGUUGCUGGGAACUGCGGUCUACCUGGAUCUGUUGGAAUAUGUGACUUAAACAGGACUCGUAUGUGUUUGCCUUGGGGGGAAGGCUGGGGAGGGUGGAGGGACAGAGGGACAUGGACUAAUGUCUUUCUACAUCGCUGGAUCGCUCUUAGAGGGUUUGGGGUUUUUUUUCCCCCCCCGCAAUAAAUGUCUGUCAGAACCUUUCUGUCCCUCUUUCUUCUGUCCUGGGGGAAAGAGGUUCCUGUUGGUGCUUCCCUUGCUCCUCCCAGCCCAUCUCCCAUUUAAUACACUGGAGCUUGUUCUCUGGGAAACUGUAACUUAUAAUGAAUUUUAUUAAAAGAUUUGUAACUUUUUUUUUUUUAAUGAA